UAAUUAGCUUAGAUACUUAUUAAGUUGAGUAGCUUGUUCAUAAUUUAAAUAGUUGUGUUGUAUAUUGUUACUAAUUUAAAUAAAUCUGUUAUCAAAGAGUGCUAGAAAUUAAUUAAAAUUAUUCAAAUGUACAUCCAAAAGCUAAAAAUAGAAUAAGUGAAAAUCAGAAUAUUGAUAUAAGUACCAAGUAUGAGUCAGUAUGUCGAAUAAUAUUGAAGUAGUUUCAAAAGAUGCCUUUGCAAUUUUAUCCAGGCUUUUUGACCAUAGAGCUAUUUUAAAAGGGGAGUGCACAUUUUUUGUUACAGAAAUGGAGCUUAAAAAAAGUCGUCAAAUGAAAACAUUUUCAGAUAUAAUAAUUGCUGCAGAAAAGUCAACACAGAGAAUUCCAGAAUGCGUAGAACUACUUGAAAACCGUAUUGAGGGUAUACAUGGCAAAGUUAUAAAUGCUGGAUCUAAUAUUAUUGAUAUUAUUUCUGAUAAAAGUUCAAAAAUAGCUGAAUUAAGAGAACAUUUUAAACAAAAAAGAGAAAAUGAAUGGGCUGAUUUUAUUAUUGAUAUAAACAAAGCCAAAGCAGACAUUAUUCAAAAACAUGAGAGUUCUAUGCAGCAAUUUAAACUGUGAUAAGUUUUGUGAAAACUAUAUUUCUAGUGUAAAAAAAAUGUAACUAAUAGAAUAAUUGUUUAUUGUUUGUAAAAUAAUAUCAAGAGAUCAUAAAUUCAAUAUUUAUUGUGUGUAAGAAUAUAUGAUUUGUUAUACACUAGGUAAUUGCAAUGCA